UCUCACCAAGCAUAAACCUCUAGGCCCUACAUCUCUCCCUUUCCUCUCACCUCGAGUCCUUGCAAGUUUGCAACUUUCAUUGUCCUUCGGCCCUUCCACCCUUUCUCGAAUUCCUCCCCACUCUCUCUUCCUCAUCCAGAACAGACGCCCACAGUUCUCCUAAUGGCAACAGGGACAGAAGCUAAAGAAGGAGGAUCAGUAGAAAACAAAGAGCCACCUCUCAAGUACAAGACAUUGGUCUUGAAGGUCUCAGUUCACUGUGAAGAGUGCAAGAGGAAGGUCAAAAAGAUCUUGAAUAAUAUAGAUGGCGUGUACACCACAGAUGUUGAUUUAAGGCAACAAAAGGCCACGGUAAUAGGGAAUGUUGAUGCAGAUACUUUAAUCAAGAAACUUAUAAAAAAGACAGGGAAGCAUGCAGAGUUGUGGCCUGAAAAAGCUGAUAACAAUCAGAAAGAUAAAAAGAAAGGAAAAGGAAAGAAGAAAGAGAAAGAGAAAGGGAAAGAGAAAGAAAGUGAACAAGAAAGCAGCGGUGAAGAAGGCAGUGACGGUGAAAAUGAGAAAGAAGUUAAAGGCAAGACUGAAGGUUGUCAAACUGUUACCUCACAGGGAGGUGGCCAGUCACCGGUGACUGACAAGAAAGUUGAUGGUCAGAGUGAGGUUGGAGCCGGGGGUAGUGCUGGUGGUGGUAAGAAGAAGAAGAAGAAGAAGAAAAAGAAGGCGCAUACAGCAGGAAACAACAACACUGUUGAUGAGGCUGAACAUUCUGUUCGUGCGCCAGCAGGCACUGGAUCGCCAACUCUUGGGAAUGUUCAUGUCCAAAUCGCACAGCCUACCAAUUAUCACAGCCCUCAACGUCAGCAUGUGUAUGACUACCCAGCAACAACUUACUAUGCACCCACGGUGUACGCUGUGAGCAGCAAUGUCGCAUGCCCUAGCACUUUUUAUGGUGCCUCAUACUAUUCCCCACCGUAUUCCUACGCGUGUAUGCAUUCGCCGUCCGAUUUGGAUUCAUAUCCGCCACAGCCGUCCGGUUCAUUCGAGAUUUUUAGCGACGAAAACCCCAAUGCGUGCUCAAUUAUGUGACAAUGGCUUCACCAAUGGUGGCAAUCAGCACAUUGAACUAACUCAUACUGCCUGUGCAAGUCUAUGAGGGGAGGGAGGUAUUUUUGUAAUGCAUGUAGAUAUAUGAAAGGUAAAGUUCUUCUAGCUUUAAAAUUAGGGGAUAAUAAGGGGUGAAUUAGGGUUUGGGGUGUUUAUCUUUAGUGAUCGAUCAUGGAGCUUCCUUGACCUGAAGUACUUUUUACUGCUUUUAAGGCUGGGUUUUAGAAGAGUUCUAUACAUGUAGCAGCAGCCUUGCAAACCCUCUCUUGUUAACUAGCUGCAGAACCACCUCAAUUUCUAAGUCUAAGCCAUUGUCUUAAUUUCCAAUUCUUUUAUUUUA